AUGAUUGCCGAUCUUGGAAAGUCAAUAACAGCAGCGUUAUCGAAUCUUGUGAAUUCGCAAGCAACAGACCAGCAGAUUGAAGCAGCAAUAAAGGAAAUAUCGAACUCACUGAUACUCUCGAAUGUGAAUCCGAAGUAUGUUCGCGAUCUAAGGGCAGAACUGAAUCAGAAGCUGAAGACAGAUGCGAUCGCACCUGGAGUAAACAAGGGAAAGGCGGUGCAGAAUGCAGUUUAUGACAAACUGGUUGAUCUUCUGGAUCCGAAAAGCAAAGGAUAUGAGAUCAGGAAAGGGAAGGGGAAUGUGGUGAUGUUUGUUGGUCUGCAGGGAUCUGGAAAGACAACGAGCAUAUGCAAAUAUGCAAACUUCUACAGAAAGAAGGGAUAUAAAGUAGGGAUUGUGUGUGCAGAUACAUUCAGGGCAGGAGCAUUUGAUCAGGUAAAGCAGAAUGCAUUGAAGAUCAAAGUACCAUUUUUUGGAAGUUCUGAUGCAGAUCCUGUGAAAGUUGCAUGUGCAGGAGUUGAGAGGUUCAGAAAGGACAAGUUUGAGCUGAUCCUUGUGGACACGAGUGGUAGACACACACAGGAGAGCGAACUGUUUACAGAGAUGAAGGAAAUAGUUGCAGGAAUAUGCCCGGACAAUAUUGUGUUUGUGAUGGAUGCAGGAAUAGGACAAUCUGCGGAGGACCAAGCGCUUGGAUUCAAGAGAGCUGUAGAUGUUGGUUCAAUUAUAUUGACGAAGAUUGAUGGGACAACAAAGGCAGGAGGAGCAAUAAGCUCUGUUGCAGCAACUAAAUGUCCGAUUGAAUUUGUUGGGACUGGAGAGGGCAUGGAGGACAUUGAGGUAUUCCAUGCAAGGAGGUUUGUAUCAAAGAUGCUCGGGAUGGGCGAUGUCGAAGGGCUUGUUGAGAAGAUAGAAAGUCUUGGGAUAGAUGAAAAAGAGGUUGUGAGGAAGCUGAAGCAGGGAAGUUUUACUAUUGGAGACUUCUACGAGCAGUUCCAGAAGAUCCUGAGUCUUGGGCCGGUGUCUAAGCUGCUGCAGAUGAUUCCUGGAUUUUCUGGGCUUUCUAUGCCUGAUGAGAGUACAUUUAAGAAGUUGAUAUAUGUUUUUGACUCAUUCAGCCGAUCUGAGCUUGAUUCCACGGGAGAGCUGUUUGAAAAGCAGCCAAACAGGAUUCUAAGAGUUGCAAGAGGAAGUGGAACAUCUGUCGAAGGUGUUUCAGAGAUACUUUCACAGUUCAAGAAGGUCAGCGGAAUGAUGCAGAAAUUCAGCUCAAUGCCUGGAAUGGAAAAUAUGUUUGGAGAUCCGUCGAAAAUGAACCUAUCGCAGAAGAUGAAGAUGAAGGAUCAAGUAAAGGACAUGCUUCCAAAGGACUUAUUUGAUCAAAUAGGAUCUAUGUUUUGA